AGACACCACCACACAUGUUCAACCACAUCAUCAUCGUCAAUGAAUGAGAAAAACCCGAACCAACACACAUAUAUAAUUAAUAUUAUAUGUAUAUAUAGAGAGAGAGGGAAAGAUAGAUAUGGAUUUACAAGAAAGAGAGUUUGUUCGAAAAUGAAUUGAUUUCCGUGACAAGCAAGCUUCAAGAGGUUUCUUAACCGACGGGCAAUAGCUUGCUUCACUUGCAACCCUAACCCACCAACUUUAUCUUCCUCCUCUCUCCCGUGCACAAUCCCUAAUUUCUGCUGAUUAGGGGCUGAUCGGCUGAAUUUGGCACCUGGGUGGUCGUCAUUUUCGUCUAUCUCAUUUGGGUUGUUAUUUUUGCGUUCUGCUGGGUUGUUUCUUCGUGAUGGGUCACGAUUUGGGAGCAAUCGCCGCCGCCCCGACGCCACCGACGUCGCUGGCUCCGGGCUUCAGGUUCCAUCCGACGGAUGAGGAACUGGUGCAGUACUACCUCAAACGAAAGGCCUGUGGGAAGCCCUUCCGCUUUGAAGCUGUAUCUGAAAUCGACGUCUACAAAUCUGAGCCCUCGGAGCUUGCAGGUCAUUCAAGGCUAAAGAGUCGAGACCUAGAGUGGUACUUCUUCAGUCCCGUAGACAGAAAGUAUGGGAAUGGAUCUCGGUUGAAUCGAGCCACUGGGAAAGGAUACUGGAAGGCCACUGGAAAGGAUCGGCCAGUGCGUCAUAAGUCUCAAAUAAUUGGAAUGAAGAAAACGCUUGUGUUUCAUAGUGGGCGGGCUCCAGAUGGCAGGCGGACCAAUUGGGUAAUGCAUGAGUACAGGCUUGCCGAUGAAGAUUUAGAGAAAGCUGGAGUGGCACAGGGAAAGGAUGCAUUUGUGCUUUGCAGAAUUUUCCAAAAAAGUGGUUUAGGACCUCCAAAUGGGGACCGAUAUGCUCCGUUUGUUGAGGAGGAAUGGGAUAAUGAUGCGUCAUUGGUGGUUCCAGGAGAAGAGGCUGGGGAUGACAUGGUACAUGGUGAUGAUGCACAAGUGGAGGGGAAUGAACUUGAGCAGGACACUAAUUCCAUCAACAAGGCUCCACUGCAACUAGCUGAGCAGCUUUCAAAUGUCACGUUUGCUUGCAAGAGGGAAAGGUCCGAGGACUACCCUUUACCAUGUACAAGUGAUCAGAAACCCAGCUUGUUUGUCCAGGAUAAACGAUCAAAGCAUGACAAUGAUCCGAAAUCCAGCCAUGCAAAUGGUUCAGAAGAUUCGACUACAAUGCAGGAGCUUCCUAUAUCUACAACCACUACUACCACCACCACCACCACCACAGCCAAUUUCUCCUCUGCGCUCUUGGAGUUCCCGUUGUUGGAGAGCAUCGAAGCCAAGGGAAACAAUGCUAAUAAGAUUCUCACAUUCGAUGCUGCGAACCUUGAGAAAUCUGUACCACCCGGCUAUCUGAAAUUCAUUAGCGAUUUGGAAAACGAGAUCCUUAACGUCUCCAUGGAGAGGGAGACACUGAAGAUCGAGGUGAUGAGGGCCCAAGCCAUGAUUAACAUCCUCCAGUCACGCAUCGAUCUCCUGAACCAGGAGAACGAGGACCUGAGAAAGGUUGUUCUAGAUGCAUAGCUGCUUCCAGUGGGUAUGUGAUCUGAUUUUGUUCUUGUCAACCGAAGCCAUGAGGUGUUCUUCAGUUGGGUGGUUAUCGAUCAUCUGAAGAAGAAAAACAGUGGCCUGGACUGGGCUGUUUGAGAUGUCCAGCUAUAUUUAUGGCGCUUAUGUGCUAGUAGUUAUUGACUCUGCUGUAAUCUCAAUCCUGAACCAGUGUACCUUUGGCCAUUGACGAUGCCUUGCAAUGCCUGUCGAAUCAAUUAGAAUAAAAUGUCUGUUUUCUCAUCCUUUUGACUGUGUUGUUCCUCAGCAAGUCUGUUGAGCCAUUGCAAUAAAAUGUUUGUUCCGCCU